GCCAAAAUCACUGGGGCGUGUAAAAGAUGCUAUACACAAAAGAAAUGUGAUAAAAAUUAGGAAGUUAGACUUCACAUGAUUAUAAUCAGAGUUAACACAAGUUUUCUUUGUGCGAAGAGAAUUGAAAUAAGGAGCAAGGCAAUUAUACACCACCAUCACCAUGCCACAUACAUCCAUGAACCUGUUGGGGAGGAUUUCGUUACAUUGAUGAGUGAGUUGGAUGUAUGAAUGAGCUGGAGUUCACAUAUGUUAGUACUUAGUGUACAAGAACUCAUGACACUCGUAUGGUAAGAGUGGAAACUACCUGAUUCAUGGCAGAAAUGUUUUAAUGGGUGAUAUAUGAAGAUACCGGGAGAUAAGUGGAAGUUCUUUGUUCAUUCAUUUACUUGUACUGAUACUGGAAAGUGUACAUGUUUCGGGCGGGAUUUUUAAUGUAUACAUGUGGAAAGUGUUCGAAAACUUGAAUUGACCAUUAUUCAUCUGGAAAUUGUACAUGAGUUGAUGGGGAUUUUUGAAGUAUACAUUUUAAUAGUUUUUGAAACUUUUCAUUGACCAAAUUUUGUCAUGAAACUCAUUAAUUCUGGAAUUGCGUCAGGAAUGUUUUAUUCCCGAUGCAUGACAAUUUCGUAGAUACAUGCAGUGAACAGUGGAAGCUUUUUGUUCAUUUUUACGUGAUAUCUAUAAAUUGUACUUGAAAGAGAGAGUUUAAACACUGCUAAUUACGUGGUAAGGGUAUAAGGUUUUGAAUUUGAUUACCAGCUUGUUGGAUAAUGUUUUCUGACAAUACAAGAUACUGAAGUGUUUGGUUCCUUAAUAGGAAAACGCGAGUGUUCAGUAAUGCUUUAGGUGAAGGGGAGUUGAAAAAAUAAUGUCAAAAUGUUUGUCUGGAGAUACAUGUAUAAGUGUCAAGUCUUCAUAAAUUAAACAUGGCCAAUUCUAUUUAUAGCCAUUUACAAGUGUUGCUUGGCUAUGAUGUACAUGUUGAUGCUAUGUACAUGUAGUCGUGAAUAUACAGUGAGUCUUUGACAAAUCGUUUCGGAGUUUGACAGAACAUUUUACAAAAUGAAUUACCAUGGCAACCAUAGAGGUAUCACAUAAAACAACGCCAACAACAAACAAAAACAACAGCGUAUUUCCAUCUCAUUCUCAAUAUUCCAAUCAGUUUGAACGAGGACCUUUACCGAACGUGACGUCCCAGAAAGAUUCAAACAUGUGCGCCGGACGAUUGUGGAUAUUCCUUCUCCUUGGCGUAAUUUUGGUUGUACUGGGGAUCGUUUCGCUAGGAAUAUACAUGAAUAUGGAAAGCGUGACGUCUUCGAAGGAGAAUAUGGAGCUGAUGCCACUGUAUAUACCCUCUGGAAGUGUGCUGUUGGCUGGUCUGUGUGUGAGUGGUCUGUUUUGGAAGCGAUACAGAGGACUGGUCCUAGCUACUGUCGGUAUCAACGUAGCCUCCGCAUUCCUCUGUCUGCUUGUUGGGGUAAUCACGUUGACCCACAUGUUACAACCUCUGCGAACGUUGACGAUGUGCCGCUUCUACAAGAGUCAACAACUCUGUCAGUGCUUCUCCGCGUAUAGUCGGGACGUCUUCUCGCUGAAGUUUGAUGAUGAAGAUCUCACGAAGUACGACUUUGAAGGUGCCGCCAACUGCGAAGACGUACAAACGUUCCUACCGCAACUUCUCUACACAGUUUCCAUCAUAUACUGUCUGGUGUUUGUUGUGGCGAUUGGAGCGGCUGUGUUAGCCCUUUUGAUUUUGCGGGCGGAGAGCGUUAAACGAGGCUUCCUCUCGGCCGAUUCUUAUGAAGAAGUGUAUACAGUGAGUGGCUCUUCUCAGGACCAAUCAGAUAGUGAAUCGGACGACAUUCCUGAUGUCGUGACCUCUGGGCAGUGUCAAACACCUGUUACUAUAAAUAGCCAAACAGUACUGCCUAAAAAUAGCACCAGUCAGACACCUUUGCCUAAAAAUAGCACCAGUAAUUCAUUGAACCAGAACAGCACAAGAGAAAGUACACCAAUCAGUCAUUCUUCUAUAAAUAAGGUUAAUACUGUAGGUCGAAGAGCUGUCACUCCUCAGUUGACCAAUCAGGAGCCAGUGUCAAGGACACAAGUUCAAAGGUCAAAGACACCAGGACUGAAUGACCUUGAACUUGGGAAGGAGAGUUUAGCAAAUAGAUAUAAAAUCAACAAAACGCCCGACCGAGAAAUUAAUGUCAGACAAAGAUUAUCGAAAACCCCGGAUAGAGAGAUAGGCUCUCACAGGAGAAAUAGCUUUACAGUGUCAAAGAGGUUAAGCAAAUCGUGUGACUCUCUGGAUUCAUCAGGAAAUGAAGCUAGGGAGAGAGCUAAAAGUUUCGGUACUGACGGGAAAAAGAAGGGAAAGUUAAAAGACCAUCGGAGAAAAGGAAAAAGGGCCGCAACUGUGCAUACCUUGGACACAGAUCAGUUAUUGUUGAUCUUGAAUCUGCAGAUGAGAUAUUUGCAGGAAUCUAAGGAGCAGAAGACAACUACUGACAUUUAUGGUGGUGGGAGUGGGGUUCAAGGGAAUCGAAGGGCCGUAACUCCGCAGCCAGUAUCUCAGAAACAAAUAAUACCUCAGAAAAUACGGUCGCAUACUCCUCAGCCUAGAAGGGCUAACGGUAGAUUUCGGGACCAACGUGCGUAUGAUUCUUAUGCUCAAAAUUUACCUCAUAAUAAUGGUGGUCUAAAUCAGGCAUACAGACAGCCAUUACGAAGUGAUGGGAAAAGUUAUGUGAGCGACAGUGCUGCAAGUUCUAGAAGGACUUCUCAGUCGAGCGAAAAAUCCAACGACUUGUUAGUGAGUAAUGGAAAUAAUGACUUUGUGUAUUAUCAGGGUAAUCGAGGCAAUAAAACAUUUGGUGCAGACAGUUAUUUACACUCUCAGCAAAUAAGACAAUCGAUUCAAACGGCUCCGAAUAUCAAAAACGGGUACAAUCCAUAUAUCCAUUCAGCGCAAAUUACACAAUCGGUCGAUAGUGUCAAUUACGUGACAUACUCUGACAGUAUGUUAAACAAUCCUUCAAACGCUCCGAUUUCCCGAUCGGGACCAGCUAUUAAUUUAAAAUCGGGACCAAUGUCACGACAAUCGGUUCAGAACUACUUUCUCCCGUCGCAACCGGUUCAAAGAGGAAAGCAUCAAAAUUUGCCACCAACUCCGAUUUCCCGCCAAAAAGUAACUGAUCGACAACUUCCUCCACAGCCUGUUCAUCGGGGUCAAUCAGCUUUUCACAUUGUCGAUAGGAAAUCGAAAUCGAGAUCUUCGUCAGUUUCAAGCGAUCUGAGUGGACAACUGAAUAUGGAGAUACCAAAAAGGUUGAGGUCCAAAAACAACAGUCCACAUGAUCCAAUCAGGGAUAACUUCAGCAUGCAGCCCCAGAUGAGAGACGGGGGAAGAGACAGCAGGAGAGAAGGGGAAAAUGAGAAUAGCAACUUUAUUCUCAGAGACCCUCAAGGGAGCUCUGGGCAGGAUGAGCCCCUGCCGCCUUACUCCGGACCACCAUCGUACAAGGAAUAUGUCUCAUCAUGUAACACAUCAGUUAAUUCUUCACUUUCUUCAAACCCUGAUGAUAUUUAUAGCUUCCCAAAACGCAGAGGUCAAAGGUUAAAUGGAAAUACAAGUGGUUACCAUGGUAAUGGUAAAAAUGAUAAGUUUGGCGGAAACACGAGUGGAAUGGAUGAUAAUAAUGUUAGCGGAAAAAUGUUUAAGUUUACUGGUGCUGCUACUACUGAUAUGAACCAUAUAAACAGAGGUCAUUCAAAUGGUAUGGAAAAUUACCAAGGUGAAGGUCAAAUUCAGGGAAGUGAAGAGAAUUCUGGGAAAAAAUAUAAAUGGACCAAUCAGAAUUCAGGAAAUAAUGUAGUUCAGGGUCAGAGGUCAUGUGCUGAAGGUCAGGAAUCUAUAAAUAGCAAAGUAAAGGUUAAACAGAUAAUUGUUCCGGAGGAUUAUUAUUCAAGUGUAAUUAAAGAGCAGAAAAAUGACUCCACUUACGCAAACAAUGAUAGGAAUAAGAUGCCUGAUCAGAGUAUAAAUGACCAAGGCAAAAUUCGGGAACCAGAUUAUGGGAAUACUAAUGCACCAAAACUUGCCGGUUACCAGUAUAACUUUGAUGAUAUUGAUGGCGGUCAGAUUGGACCGGACGAACAUUAUCAUGAGUAUGAGGAUGUUUAUGAUACUCCCGCGAAUGUUAAAAAAAGCGGAAAAGCAAAGGAUGGAAACAGGUACUCUGUUAAGAACCAUGGUUUACCAAACUCACAUAUGCCAAAGAGUGUGAAAUCCAAUGUCAUGAGUCCCAAAGUGGAGAGAAAAUUUGAUAUUAAUGACAAAAUGGUGGAAAAUGUGCAUAGUUCAGAAAUUAAACACGGUAGGUAUGGAAUUGACUCUGAGUUUGCGAAAGCUAGCAGUAAAGUUGGAGCUAGUGUUGAAAAUGUUCAUGCUGAUGUCGUAAAGAAAAUUCCGAGAAUUCGAUUGAAUGAUUUGAGUGUGGAAAAUGAGAAUGUUGAUGAUGAUGAUGUUUUUGUUGAGGAGAGUGCUAUGGGUAACGGUAAAGUUGGUGAUGUUGAGGCACAGAUGGGCGGGGUUGCUACAAGGCGUAUUCAGAAUUAUGAAGAAAUUGAUGAACUUGAUUCAGCCAAUCAAAAUCAAGCGUCUGGUCAUGUGACUUGUGAUUCAUCCAACCAGCAGACGGAUGAGGGCUACAUGAAAAUGACAUUGCCUUCAAAAGUUUUUAAACUUAAUGAUAAUACUGAAAAUUAUGGAAUUGCAGUGCAUUUGACUGGAAUUUCUGCCAAUCAGAGCUCAGGAUAUAGUUAUGGUGCUGAGCAGAUCUCAACCAAUCAGAAUGCCCUGUCAGGUCAUGUGGACAGUCUUUCAGCCAAUGAGAGCUCUCGACACAUGCCUGAUGGAGAAGAUAAUUCAAGUGAUUUGACCAAUCAAAGUUAUGAAGAGACUGGUGUUUAAAAGACUGAGAUAAUUGAAUAAGAAGUUUUUAUAACCUAAAAUUAGUAUAAUUUUAGUGUACUCUUACCUUAAACAUUAUCUGUAGCUCUGUAAAUGUACAUGUUUAUGUGUUGCUCUUACAAAUUUGUACAUUGAAUGGAAUCAAGGCUGUUUUAAUUAAGAGAUCUCUAAUGUUUUUCAUCUUGUGUAUACAUAAUGUUUUUAUUUGAGAUAAUCAUUGUCUUAUUUCAAAUUUGUGUUUGUAAUAAAAUGAAGGUUGUGUGUAAUAUAUAUAUAUAUAUAAUUCUUAGUGUCUGAAGUUAUAAUCUAUCUUGCAGUAACAAAUUCAAUUAUUUGUUACAAAAAUAGUAAUGAGCAUUAUUUUGAGAUUAUGACAACAUAUUGACUUGCCAUUUGAUUAUCAGUACUUGCCAUUAUAUGUAAUAAUGUGUUCAACAUGCAAUUGAUAUUAUAAGAGGAAUGAUAUAUGAUAUUAUAAGAAGGGUGAUAUAAUUAAGGAUUGAUUCGGAUAUCAGGAUAAGGAGCUUUCAAAUUCAGAUUGUCAUAUAUUAAAUUUUGUUAAGAUUUUUGCAGGACAUAAGCAUUGAGUUUUUUUUUAAAUAGCUUGGAAUAGAUAUACAUGUAAUUGGCUCUGGGCCAGUAUUCAAUAUUGAUCUUAUCCUGAUCCUAAGACAUGCUUCAGUGAUUCCAUUCAGCCUAUUGGUCAGCUAAAUAUACCGACCAAUCAGAAUUCUUAGUUUCUAAUCUUAACUUAAAGUUCAAUCUAAGUUGCUUAUUGAAUCCGACCUUUGAACACAAUUUCAACAGGGGUUUAAUAAUCUUCUAAUCAGGCUUAAAGCUUAAACUCCUCAUUUGAAUAAUCAGACUGUUGUUAUCUCUGUGUCAAUAUUUUAUGAUGUGUUGAUGUAUUACGCUAAACAAGCUGCGGCAUAGCUGAGAAUCAGUUGUUUCAAUACUUGUGUCAAGUACGGAAGAUCUGAUUGAGAGUCACUCUAGUGUAAUAACCUGAGUGUAGGGUGUUUUGCAGAAACAAGAUUUACAGAGUUUCCGAGGGCCAUUUUCGAUACGCAAGGGCCAUUUGAUUUAGAAUUUGUGGAGCCCUGAAAUAAAAAACAGUUCUCUGAAGUUCUUGUCACCAGAUCGUAACUUUAAAAUAAGUGCUGACUUUACUGUUUUUAUAGUCGGUCGAUAUAUAUAUAUACAAACUUUCAUGUUAAAAACACCUACUAUUCCAUCAAUAUCAUAUGAUUUCAUAAUAAAUUUUAGGAAAUCGAUUUGAGUUAAAAAUGACUGAAGAUUUUUUUUAGCUUUAUGAAUUAUGGCCUGUAGAUAUUUACUGUUGAUAUUCCCUCUUUUAGGUACAAAAUUGCUCCAAGAAUUUGUCAUUUAAAAUUACCCUCAGUUGAAUGUUGAUGUGGUAAAAAAGGAAUAUGUACAUAAUUAUUUGUUGUGGUAAGAUAUUUCAAUCUUUUGCAAUUUUUAAGUACAAUUGUUUCUUUGCUUAAAGCUGUACUCUCAGAAUGGACCAUUUUGACAACUUAAUUAUUUUUAUUGUCUUGGAAUGAGCCAAUUUUUGCAUAAAUGUAAGAAUCAGAUUGCAGUUUUUCACAUUUAUGUUCAAAAUUGAUGUUUUAUGCCGAAAAAAAAAACAUUUUUCUUGAAGCAUUCUAAUAGUUACGCUUUUAGCCACGUAAAUAUUAAAGACUGUGAUCUGAUAUUUUGUCACCAGUCCUUUAUCAAUGGUUUCCAGAUAUUUAUGCAAAAAUUGGUUCAUUCAAAGACAAAAAUAAAGGUGUCAAAACGGAUAAGGCAUCCAGGGUUCGAUUUUUGGCCGUGGCACAUGUGAGUUUAGUGAAGGACAAGUGAUGUAAUACAUGUCUCACAAUGUUUGUAAAAUAAAAAAAAGUUCAAACUAAUCAAUUUGGAAUUAAUUUUAGAUGAAAGACAUUUUUAAAAAAAAAAUGUUUAUAAAUAUACUUUGGGGGGUUUUAUUGGAAUUUCAGAAAACCUGGAAAAAAAUGUAGUUUAUAAUUGUUUUGAAGAAAUUAUUGUACAUGUAUCUUAAUAUGAAGCCAUUAUAUUUUACCCACAAUAAAUAUAUGCAUUGUUGAUUUGUAAUCAUGUUAAUUCUGUAUUUUACUCAUAAAUAUAUUGUGUAUUUUACAUGUUUUUCUACAAAAUAUUAUUAAAAGAGUUUUAAAUUUUAACGAAUUUCACUUAAAAUGAACAUUAUGUAUAUAUACAUGUAAUUCAUUUACAAUUAUGGUUGAUCCUUUUUGAAUUUUGUAUAUUUUUAUUCAAGUAAAAUUUACAAAAUAAAUUUAUGUGUAUUUUAUAUUUG